AUGCGUUACAGAACAAUUGUUCGCACAAUGAUGAAACAACACCUUGGUUAUGUUAUGCUGUGGACGCUUUUAGCAGGAUUCAUCGUUACGAACACGAAAAAAUUUACACGUGACACAAUGCCAGGAGCACAAUAUUAUGACGGUAAGAAGAUGAAUAUUCCGAUUAGUAAUGAAGCUGGCAAGGAAUUGCUUGAGCGAUGGGCACGUCAAAGCAUCAGCAGUAUUAUGUCGUCAAUCGCAACUGAACGAAGUGAGCAUUUGAAUGAAUUUCAUCGCAACAAAUUGUUCAAAUGCAGUAAUCGUGCUGAGAAUUUACAAGAGCAUGCGAAAUGUGUUGUCGAUACAAUUGAUGCACGACCGCAAAAAUCAACUCACUCAAAUCUUAUCAAUGUUGAAGGUAUUCAAAGCAGUGUGCAUGAUAUGAACACGUUCCAGUCGAUUCUUAAGGGCAAAUUCGACUCGCUAAACCGAAUAUCACGCAAUUUUAUGAAGGAUGAAAAGGCAAAGAAAGACGAGAGAAGAGGCGAGAAAUUAAUGUUGCCAAACGAAACGUUUGAAACUGCGAAUUUGACAGCUGAUCUGAAGCAGCAAACCGAUACCGAGACUAUGCGUUUGCUUCGAGAAGCUAUGCAAUUAGCGAUGACUUUAUCUGGACACAACGAAAGCGAUAUUGCAAAUAAAACAAUCAAAGUUGCUUCACCACGCUUACUUUCCAUUGUUCCGGAGGAUAAUACGGUGUCACUCUUUUCACCAUCAAUAUUCAGUUUACACGAAAAAGGAGAUGCGUCUGAAGUAUUGGUGAAUUUGCCAAAGCUUUUGAGAAAAAUGAACAAAGACCACAAUGAAUGGAUGGAUUUUGUACUGGAAGCAUCGGGUGUUUCAGAUGUGAUAGAAUAUAUGAAGGAGAAUUUCACGGAAAUCUCCAGUCAAGAAGGAGCGAGGAAGGUUGAAGUAUUCGAAUCGUUAUCAGAGGGUCUCACCAGGAAACAGUUGGACGAUUUCAAGCGGAAGGGUUUCUCUGUUCUAACGAAGGAUCAAUUAGGCAUGAUCUAUGGUGAAAAUUCACCUUUCAACGAUCGCUCUUCUUUAGAGCGUUUCUCAUCGUUCUCUGAAGAUGAUAUCGUUGAUCGGUUGCUCUCCGAUAUUCGCCAUUUGGCAAAUCCCAUUCAACAAACGGUAUUCAAACGACGCAAACGACAGUCUGUGCUUUCACCGGUACUUUUCCAACUGAUCACAAACCGAGUAUCUUCGUUCGCCGUUCUCUCACCAAUUCUUCUGUCUGCUUCCAUUUCGGCCCCAUCAAUUCUCGGACCCGUCAUACUCAGUCCAUAUCUGUUCUUUCCCGCUAUCCUUUCACCAGUUCUACUCUCUCCAAUAAUCUUAUCACCAUACGCCUUAUCGCCACUGAUCUUAUCACCGCUAUUAUUUCGACCGACUGUGUUGAGUCCUCAAGCUCUAAAUCCAUUAAUUCUCUCGCCAAGUAUACUAUCACCUUUUAUUCUGUCACCGAAUGUUCUAUCUCCAGUUAUCCUCAGUCCGUUCGCCUUAAAUCCGAGCGUUUUCCAGAAAUCCGCAUUGGGUGCUGUCAUUUUAAGUCCCUUCUUGUUAUCCCCACUGUUCUUUUCACCACUCUAUUACUCACUUAUCGUAUUAUCUCCAUACGCUUUUUCGCCUGCAAUCAACUCUACCGGUACAGCAACCUCACACAUUUUGUCCCCGUCCAUAUUCAGUUGA